AUGGCUAGGAGCUCGAGGGAGCGGAGUUGCAUGAUUGAACAGUUCACACGUAAGCGACCCCCAUCUUUUGCUAGAGGAGCGAACCCACUAGUACCAGAGAACUGGGUUCAGGACAUAGAGGACAUACUGGCAGCCCUCUUAUGUACAGAUAAGCAGAGGUGGAGGUCUGUGAGAGUAUUGGAGGAGCAGAGGUCGGAUCCUAUAGUGAUGACAUGGAGUCGCUUUAGGGAGAUUUUCUUCGAGCGGUACUUUCUCGCUACUAUCAGGAGCGUAAAGGCAUCAGAGUUUAUGUAUCUGACACAGGGAUCUAUGACGGUGCAGCAGUACGCAACGAGGUUUGUUGAGCUGUUCUGGUUCACCUCGUAUAUGGUGCCAGAUGAGGAUAGGAAAGCGGGGAAGUUUGAGGAGGGCCUGAGGCAGAAUCUAUAUGAGGAGGUGGUAGGCUUCUGA